GUCACUUUCCGGCGACGCUAGCAGCCGGAAGCCCCUUUACCGGUGGUUGUCUUGUGGAUAGCACCUUUCGCCGUCCUUCAGUGGUAACAUGUACUACAAGCUCAGCGGGUUUACGCAGAAACUGACGGGGUCUGCGCCCACGACCGCCUACAACCCUCAGGGUCUGAGGGCGGGUCUACCAGCAGAGUCCCCAACCAUGAUCUUUGCCUCACCUACCAAGGUGAUCUCAGAAGCUGGGGCUACAGUGGAGUACAUGGGAAAAAACAAGGUUCCUGACCUUCAGAGGCGAUUCCAGGUACCAGACGGCGUUCCCAUUCAUUUGAAGGGCGGCGUUCCCGACAGGCUACUGUACCGCACCACCAUGGCUCUCACUGUCGGCGGCGUUCUCUACUGUCUGGUGGCUCUUUUCAUUGCAUCGCAGCCCAGGAAAAAUUGACCAACACAUGAACACGAUCUUUCUGCGACACCUCUCACAUGUUGCUGCCGAAACACAUUGACCCAACAAUGUUCAUUCUCCACUUGCCUCCUCCGCCACCUCCGUUCUCCACUGUCAGGACAUCGUACCAAUGAUAUCAACAAUAAUCUUUGUUUUCUUUUGUUUGUUUUUUGAAAAAGUCUGAGUUAAUAAAUUUUAAGGGGAAACAACUAUAAUGUCCUUUUGCAUUUUGUUAUGCUAUUGAUAAUGUGCUUGUUGUAGCAAAGGUGUCACGUUCCAAAUGAACCUGCAGCAAGUGGCACGCGAAGGGUAGAGAGCCGCACCGCCUCCCUCGGCUGCUGUAACUGAAGCACACGUGUGGUUUUAGCAUGUUACAAGCGCGUGUGUGCGCGUGCGACAGAGAGCAGGCGCAAAGGAGACACUUCGUCUGGAACAUGGCUGCUGCUCACUUGGCUUGAGUACUGUCUCAUACAGUAUUUAUAUGUGUGGGCCCUGGUGUGAUGUCAGAUGCUGCUCGCCGAGGGAGGGGGAGGUUGUUUCAGACACGUUGGCACUCUUACAUCAAGCUGCUGAAACACUGAUGAUCAUCUCAGCAUCUUGUGCCUCUUAAGUGUUUGGGGGGUUUAUAAUAAUAUAUCUUUUUUUUUCUUUUGGGCAGAAGUAAUUUCAAACAUUACUAGUACAAAUGUGUGAAACAUCAAAAUAAUAUGGCCACAAUAGCAUUUUUGAUUUGUUGAUGUUCUCUACUCAAGUAUAUUUAAAAAGAAAGAUGUCUAAAUAAGUAUUUUUAUAUAUUAACGUAAUUAAAUAUUUGGCCACUGACUAUUGAAAUAACAUUUUUUACUUUGGUUCUGUUUUUCUUCAAAUUGUUUCAUUUUCAAAUUCUGAACAUAUAUUUGCAUUCACCUGUGAUAGAUGUAUCUGAAGGGCUUUAAAGGCCGUCGUCUCAUUAUAAGGCAGUAAAGUGUUCAAGUGUAUGUGUAUUGAUUGCACUUGAAGCGCCAGGUGUUCUUUGCACUGUGGGUAUUGUAGGUCCUGAAGGUGAAAUAAUAAAGGUUUUAGUGGUACUAUAACAUAAGGCUUCUCAGGCCUUAUGAGUCUUUAAGAGUUCUGCGAUUAUCUCAUUUUAUUUAGAGUGAAAGUUUAAAAUGAAUGAACCGCUUUGCCAGAGUUUUCUAAUUAAAAUGCAUCUGCUUCAUUCGUCAAUAUGACUCAGUCCUGGACUUCCCUUUGUUGUGGCAUCAAUACUUCACACCCUGAGGAAAACCUUUGGAUGGAUAAUUGAUUGUAGCAGUGAUAUGAAAAAUACAUUAUUCAAUCUCCAGGGAAAUAAUGUGUGUAUACUGUCUGUAAAAUAAACACGAGAAUUUGAAUGACUUCAAUCUAUCCAUGAUAUCACAUUCUAAAGAUAGACACUUCUCUACUCCACUUGUAUUGAAGUACAUUUAUACUAGUUUACUGGUGUGGAUCCAUUGGGAGAGACUGUACCUUCUGAAAGAUCAUGUGCAUUUCUUGGCUGUUUUUCUUGCGAUCAAAAAAUAUAAAACUAAAAUAUUUUUGUUUUCAUGGUGCAAAGCCCAGGUUUGAGCAUGUGUAGAAAUUACGGACAGUGCUGACCUUGUCAUUUCCCAAUAAAUACUGGCAUGUUA